AUGAAUAACCAUGAUUGGGAGACAACCGAUAUCCUCAUCUGCGGCUGUGGUCCGACAGGCGCCCUCUUGUCUGCCUACCUUGGCCAGAUGCGCAUCUCGAACGUGGUCUUGGAGAAGGAAGCAAACAUCACCACCGAUCCGCGAGGUAUAGCUCUAGAUGAAGAUGGGAUACGCAUAUUGCAGGGAGUAGGUCUGUACGAUUCAAUCUAUACGGAGAUUGGGUCUUGCAUGGGCAAGUUCCACUUUAUCAGCGGGUCAGACACAAAUUUGAUGAAGCAGCCAUUCGUUAGCAUGGACUACAACACUACAGCAGGGGGAACAGGGCAUGUCGGAUAUAUCUGUCACAAACAGCCGACCCUUGAGAAGAAGCUUAGAGAGGCGAUAUUGGCCUCUUCAACCUGUUCCCUAAGAUCUGAGUCAACUGUUGUUGAUAUCAAAGAAGACGACAACUGGACGUAUUGCACCUACAGAAACACAGAAGGCACCGAGCGCAAAAUUCGCGCUCGCUUCUUUGUAGGGGCUGAUGGGAAAACUGGGUUCACGCGCAAGCAAUAUCUAGAGGAAAAGGGUGCCUUUAUGGAGAAGGUGGCUGAGUUAGUAAAACCAACACUGUCGACCAUGAUUUAG